CAGAGAGGCGUGGGGGAGUCGACAGAAGGACCUGUGUGGGCCCGUUUCGGCCGCUCCACUGGCCUGGUCUCCCUCGGUACCAGAUUGUGCGCUCAGUCCAGCACCAUGGGGAAGCGGGACAAUCGGGUGGCCUAUAUGAACCCAAUAGCAAUGGCCAGAUCAAGGGGUCCAAUCCAGUCUUCAGGGCCAACGAUCCAAGAUUAUCUGAAUCGACCAAGGCCUACCUGGGAAGAAGUGAAAGAACAACUAGAAAAGAAAAAGAAAGGCUCCAAGGCAUUGGCUGAAUUUGAAGAAAAAAUGAAUGAGAACUGGAAGAAAGAACUAGAAAGACACCGAGAGAAAUUAUUAAGUGGAAGUGAGAGCUCAUCCAAAAAAAGACAGAGAAAGAAAAAAGAAAAGAAGAAAUCUGGUAGGUAUUCAUCUUCUUCUUCAUCAAGCUCUGAUUCUUCCAGCAGUUCUUCAGAUUCUGAAGAUGAGGAUAAGAAACAAGGAAAAAGAAAAAAGAAAAAGAAGAACCGUUCCCAUAAAUCUUCUGAAAGCUCCAUGUCAGACACUGAAUCAGACAGUAAGGAUAGCUUAAAAAAGAAAAAGAAGUCAAAGGAUGCAACUGAGAGAGAAAAGGACAUUAAAGGACUCGGCAAAAAGAGAAAGAUGUAUCCUGAAGAUAAACCUAUAUCAUCUGAGUCAUCAGAAUCAGAUUAUAUUGAGGAGGUACGAGCAAAAAAGAAGAAAAGCAGUGAAGAUCGAGAAAAAGCAACAGAAAAAACAAGAAAGAAAAAGAAGCAUAAGAAACACAGUAAGAAAAAGAAAAAGAAGACUGCUAGUUCAAGUCCUAGCUCAUCGUAACAUUAAGAAAAAUCAGGAUUCUCUUAUAAAGAAAGUGCAAUGUCUGAGGAGAUUUCAACUGUGAAAAUUAUGGCAUAUUUACUAAAAUGCAUGAAUUUUCUUGUUUUUAGAAUUAUUCCUGGACUAUUCAGUAGCCAUUCAGAUGCCGCUGUGUGAAAGGGCCAUAAUAGUUGCCUGCUGCUUGAAUAUCUGUCUUUUUCUCUUCCAUUGCUUAAUAACUCUGGGAGAUAAUACACUGCAGUCGUACUAGUGGUUCAUAUUUGGGAAUAAAGUUAAUAUUUUUGACUAGAAGUAAUGUAAUGAUAAAUCGUCAGAUAUUGAAUAUGGAUACAUCAUUAAGAUAUCAUCAGAAAUGACUAGAUGACUAGUUAACAUUUUUGAAGUAGGGAUUACAUUGAUAUUUGAAAAUCCUUACUCUGUAGAUAAGUGUAUUUUAAUUUUUUUUCCCUUGUAUACUUACCUGGGGAAGGAGCUUUUAGGGUUGGGGGGCUGGUUUGCUAUUUCUUUAGCUAGCAGAAUAGCGUGCCUUUUAUCCUCACACAUCCUGUUUUUGCAGACACAGUAGCCAUGCUUCACAGGGAGGUAAGAGCUGGGUACAGCAGUCUUGCCUUUUAUUGAGCUUAGUGACAUCCUUUUGGACCCUGUCGGAUGCUGCCUUGAGUAAACCAGAGGUAUAGCCUCUGCAGCAGGAGAAAGCCCCAGAAGCUCUGGGAUUUACCUCCACUACAAUAAUACUGAAUGAUUUUUAGCAUUAGAAUGUGUUAAAACAUUUGAAUUAAUUUUGACUACACUUUGGCUUUGGAGAGGAGUCAUUUCAAAUAGACACUGGUACUUUUUUGAACUUGAUAGCUGAAGAUUCUUAAAAUGCAUGUUUUAUACUGUUAAGUUGUAACCAGUCAAGAAAAUUUUAUGUAACCAGUAAUAGUUAUUUUUUUGUAUGAAUUUUGUUUAGGCUGUAAUGUUUAGCUUUUGUUAAUGUUUUAUUCUUGCUAUCUUAAAUUCCUUACUGCAUUUAAUGGCAUUCUUGCCAAGAUAACCUUAGCAUGUGAAAAGCAGGUUUUUGCCUUUUUGUUUUUUUGUUUUGUUUUGUUUUGUUUUGGAACAGCUUCAUAUUGAAGCUGCAACUUAUUUACCAUAAACAAGUUCAGAGGCAGGCCUGGUAUGUUGUGUCUUGUUACAUAAAGCUGUUGCCAGAAUCUUAGUAAAUAUAACGUUUUAAAAGUUUGUCUUUGUAUAUCAUAACAAAUUAUGACAAGUUAAACUUAAAUAAGAAUUACAUUAUUGCGCUUUCUGUCAUUUUACUAAGAUUUUGUGCCUCAUAUCUCCUGCUGAAUUGUUUACUAGUAAUGUUAUAAGGAAUUGAUAAAUCAUUUUCACUUUACAUUUUUAUAUAAUCAGGUAACAUGACAUAUAAUUUGAUGUACAAUUUUGCCUGUUACAGAGGGUGUGCUAAUUAUAGUGAUAUAUGCACAAAACAUUUUGGCAUGACAAGAGGCUGAAUAAAUACCUAUUUUACU